AUGGUCCUCGCUCAGCCACCGAACCAGCAUUUGUCUAAAGCCUUUGACCUUACAGGAAAGGUCGCGGCAGUGACUGGUGCGCGUGGAAUUGGCCUCGAGGUCUCCCGAGGACUGGCAGAAGCAGGUGCUCAUGUCGCACUGAUAUACAACUCCUCUACCACUGCCGAUAAAAUCGCCAGCGAGAUCGCGUCAGAGAACCAAGUUAUCACUCGUGCAUACCAAGCCAAUGUCGCAAAUCAAGAAUCAAUUGACGCUGCAGUGCACCAGAUUGUGAAGGAAUUCGGAAAACUCGAUAUCAUGGUCGUAAACUCGGGUAUUGCAUCUUGCGUCGCCGCUGAGGAGUAUACUCCGGAGCAGUGGAAGCAGAUCAUGGAUGUCAACCUCGAUGGGGCAUUCUACUCGGCCCAAGCUGCUGCAAAGAUUUUCAAGGCGCAGGGGAGUGGAAAUGUCAUCUUCACAGCCUCUGUUAGUGCGACCCUGGUGAAUGUGCCACAGAAGCAAGCAGCGUACAAUGCUUCAAAAGCGGGUGUCGUUCAACUGGCAAAGUGCCUAUCUGUCGAAUGGGUUGACUUCUGUCGAGUCAACUGUAUCUCCCCAGGCUUCAUUGCCACUGAAAUCCUGGACAUCCACCCACAGGAGUGGAGGGAGAAGUGGAUGAGUAUGAUUCCAGCUCAACGAAUGGCGCAGACUUAUGAACUGAAAGGCGCAUAUGUCUUCUGCGCGUCUGAUGCUUCUAGCUAUAUGACUGGAGCCAAUAUAGUCAUUGAUGGUGGAUAUACCCUCCCUUAA